GCAAACUUCUGAGGCAAUUUCAUUCACCUGAAUUAAGACACAAAGGUGCGAAAUUAGUUUAAGUGGAAAAUACAGAUUUCGUGAUAUAAUGGCGUUUAUUAUCAAUAAAUAUUUAACAUUUGCCUUUUGCUUGUUUAUUUGCUUCAUAUUGGUUGGUAAUAUCAAUUCUGGGGUAGAUGCAGCCGAAAAGGAGAUACCCGCAACGAUAUUUGGGCAAAAUGUUGGUGGGCCUACCAUGACAUUUUUAUACUGUUACUCGUGCGGCUACCGUAAGGCUUUCGAGGAUUAUGUCAACAUACUAUCCGAAAGGUAUCCACAGAUUACUGUCAACGGUGCCAACUAUGAUCCACCCGGCUUCAAUAUGUAUCUCUCACGCAUUGUUUUUGCUGCUAAGAUACUGUUCAUUGUAGUUAUUGUCUCGUCGUUUGAUAUAUUUGGAACAAUUGGCCAGCAGACACCUGGUUGGUGGCGACAUUUGUUGGAAAAUAAAUUGUACGCUUGUAUGAUGGUGUUCUUCGUGGGAAACAUGCUUGAAGGACAGCUCGUCGCUUCUGGCGCUUUUGAAAUAACACUUAGCGAUGUGCCGGUGUGGUCAAAAUUGCAAACUGGGCGCAUACCAGCGCCUCAGGAACUCUUUCAGAUAAUCGACAACCAACUGCAAUUCACAGAAACUAUUCAAGAGAAUCCAGACUUUGUUAAAUAAUAUUAAGAUGGACACUUGCACCACAUACAAAAUUAGCCAAACUAUAGGAAUUGCUACGUUGUCCAAGAACAAUUUUGUGAAGAUUUAUAAACAUUUAAAUAAAUAUAAAAAGUAGUUAAUAUAUACAUAUUUAUACAAAUAUCGCUAGCUUAGAGUGCAAAGUUGCUAAGUCCAGUGGAUGUCUUAAAAGUAUAAAUGCAAAGCAUCAGCCUCUUGUAGUUCUGAACCAUAGGAGAAAAACUCUCCAAAUAUCUUCUUGGUUGCGCAUAUUGGAUUUUGAUAUAAGUAAUGAUUAAAAAUGAGAACACA